AUGGUAGGGCCUUUGGUGGACAGGGCAGAGGGGAGUCCUGCAGCAGCAACAAGCCUGCCUGCUGCUCCUGCUGCUCCUGCUGCUGCUGGAGAUACACACGGGGCAUCAGAUGCAGCAGCAAAGACUGCUCAGAGACGCAGCAGCAGCAGCAACAGCAGCAGCAACAACAGCAGCAGCACCAGCAGCAGCCCACCAGAAGCAGCAGAAAACCGCAAACGCGGGGGGGACCCAGCUGCUGCAGACGAACGGCUUUCAGCUCGCCGUCGUCGCAGCUCAGCAGCAGCAACAGCAACAGAAGCUGCAGCGGCAGCAGCAGCAGCAGCAGACCCUGCAGCAGCACCAACAGCAACAGAUGCAGCAGCAGGGACCGCAGCAGACGCUGCAGCAGCAACAGUAGCAGACGCUGAAGCAACGGCAGCAAGAAAUGCUGGACCCGCGCCAACACCAGACGCUGCAGCAGCAGCAGCUGCUGCAGCAGCAGCUGCUGCUGCUUCUCCAGCAACAGCAACAACUGCUGCUGUUCAGUCUCCAGACAAGCCUCGUAGUGUUGCUGUUGCAGCAGCAAAGAGGGCAGCACCAGCAGGCUCAAGCGCCCGCUGGCAGCGAACAGGCAGCCGCCGCAGCAGCAGCAACAGCAGCAGCAACAGCAACAGCAGCAAUUACACCAGCUGCAGCAGCGGAAGCAUCAGCAGCAGCAGCAGCAGCAACAACAGCACCAGCGGCCUUGGGAAUCCGCCUAUAGCUGCAAGGCCUAUAACUCCUUUGUCUCGUGAUGCAGCGUCGCAGCAGCAGCAGCAGCAGCAGCAACAGCAGCAGCAGCAGCAGCAGCAGCAACAGCAGCAACAGCAGCAGGCAGCAGCAGCAGCAGCAACAGCAGCAGCAGCAGCAGCAGCAGCAACAGCAGCAACAGCAGCAGCAGCUCUCAGAAGCUGA